CUACGUAUGAAUGAAAUAACAAAUUUAAUAAUAACUUUUAUUAUUAACAGUGAAAGGUAUGAAAACAGGCAUCAAGAGAAUAGGCAGUAAUAUCAAUUCAUUGGGAACUCCUAUAAAGGUGCCUGUAAUGGAAUCCAAGGAGUUAGGUUUGAAAAGGCAUGAAGUAUGUCAAGUUUGCAAACAUCGUGUUUUUAUUCUUGAACGACUAAUAGUUGAUGGAAAAUUGUACCAUACUACAUGCUUCAGAUGUAGCAAAUGCAAGUCUCUAUUAAAUCCUGGAGCAUAUGUCGAAAGUGACACUCCUGGGCUUUAUGAAUGUUCUGUUUGUUUGCCCGAUGAGAAUAUGGACAGUUUUGAUACACCUGAAACCGAAAUAUCUUCUGAAAAUACCGGUGCCAAAUCACGAAGUCCAUCACCACGUCGCCUUAGUCCUGUUGUUCAUAAUGAAAUAUCAACAAAACUUUCACCUUUAUCUGAGUCUGUCACUCGUGCUCGAAGUAGCUUUUUAAAAAACAGUCUUUCUAGUAAGUUGAAAGAAGAAGAACAUUUAAAUGACACUUAUCAGAGUUCAUCUAACCUCCCAUUAACGAAUACUGACACAUAUGAAACUGCAUCUGCAUUGCAAAGAGUUUCAGUGAAAGAUAAAAUAAACGCAUUUGAAUCAAGCACAGUCCCAAAAGCUGUAUCAUCAUCUCCUGUAGCUGCAAUUUCUUCAAAUAACAACAAGUUUCAUACUUCUUCAAUACCUUUAGCUAAAGAAACAUUUUCUUCUUUAACUAAAUCUCCUAAACCCUCAGAUAGAUCUCAUAAACUGUCUGAUUUUGCACAGGAAUAUAAACUUGUUGAUAGUGAAUUUGAUGAAAUUUCAUAUAAAUCUUCUAUAAAAAAAGUAUCAAACCAAGGCAUUAACACAGAUGUUAAAAUAUUAGAUAGUGUUAAAAAAGAAUCUUUAUCCCUUAGUAUACAAUCUACAGUAGCUAGCCCUAAAGAGGAAUAUAGAACGAAUUGUGAUAGUUCUUUGUCAUUGUUCCUGAACAAAGUGCCUAGUACUAAUGCAAAAAAUAUGUCUAAUAUACAUAAUGAUGUUGCAAAGCAACCUGUCUCAAAAGAUCUAGAUACAAGUUCAACAUCUUUUAGCAAGCAACCUUCAUUAAAAAGUGAUUUCAAAAGUCCUCAAAAAGCACCAAGAGACAUUUUUCAGACUAGUAUGCAACCUUUAAAAUUAAGUAUACCAUCUGUUAAAAAUUCUGGCAAGAAAGAGUCUUCUAGCUUGUCGACUACUCCUUCAAUUGCAUCAGCAGAUUCACCUAGAUCUUUGAACUUUGAAAUACCUUCCAUAAAGUCUACUUAUUCUGUAACUUUACCUCGGCCGAGUAGUUUUAGUAAUCUUCAAAACAGAGAAAUAUCUAACAUUACUAAGAACUCUACUACUGAUCUGAAUGACAUACUCCAUUCUAAAUGGAGUAGAACUACUCGUAGAAGAAGUUCUUUAGAAUCCAGUGUGAAAGAUAAAUCAUCUACCGAGGAAUCAAGCCAUGCUGCAUCAUUUAAAAUACCAAGUAAAACAUUUGAUCGAGCCCAUUCUUUAAGUGAAAUAAAACGUUCAAAUUCUGUUGCAUUAGCUGAUAAUAUAGUUGGGGGUACUGAUGUUAAAACUGAAAAACUUGUAAAAAAAAAUGCUUCUAUUUCUUGUGAUACUACAUCUACACCUAUUCCUGCAGUUAGAUCCAGCCUUGAACUAAAGAAGUUAACCUCUCGUAAAAGUAAUCUUUCAAAUGCUGAGAACAAGAACUUAUCUGAAAAUAAAGAUCAACUCAGAUUUGGUGAAAAUCUGCAUAAAAAUCUGAAAGAGACUUUUUUAAGUAAUAGUUCCAUAACCAAAAAUGAUGAAGGACUCAAAUCAGUAAUUGAUAAAUCCUUGAAAAAUGAAGUACCUAAAGUAAAAGAAACAAAAUUAUCAGAUUCUGGUGAAUCCUAUCCUGAUGAUCUUAAUCCAUUUGGUGAUGAAGAAGAUGAUAAACAUGAUGAAGAAUAUCCCGAUGAUUUGAAUCCUUUUGGUGAUGAUGGUGAAGAGGAGGAAAAAAGUGAUAAAAAAAGUAGUUUUGUUAAAAAGGCUGUUUUAGUGGAUGACUAUGAUGAGUCAAAGAAUCCUUUUGCUUCUGAUGAAGAGGAAGAAGAUAUGUCAGCAAAAGAUACUUCUCCGGUUUCAAAAGCAGUGCAUCAAGAUAGGUCUCCUUUCCAACAAAAUGGCUCAUAUCCAUACAUAUCUUCUCCAACUGGAUCUUUAAGAGGUACAACUAAGAAAAGGCCAGCACCAAGGCCACCAAAACUAAGUGAUAUUUUUCAUAAUGAAUCCAUGGAUUCUGAAGCUGAUAUUUCUCUGAGUUCAUCAAGAGCUUCUCCUUCUGUAAGCAGAAAGCUUCAACAAACACCAUCUCCUUCAUUAAGCAAAAAAAGUCUCCAAACACCAUCUCCUAAGAUUCGAAAAAAUAAACCAGCACCUCCACCACCACCUACUCAGACGACUAAACAAAAUUCACAGAAUGAUUCUGCAGCAAAUUCAAAGCAUAUGAAAGAAAUUGAUAAUAUGAAAUUGAAGUCUUCUGCUUCAGAUAUCCAGGGUAGUAAUGAAAAAGAGCCUCCAAAACAAUACAAAAAGAAAAAAAGGCCAGCACCUCCUGUACCGAUACCAGUUCGAAAAGAUAUGAAAAAAAUCCCCUUGAAAGAAAUUUUACAAGAAAUGAAAGAAAUAGAAGAAAAGCAAAGAGAAUAUGAAAGGCAGGGACGAGAAAUUGAACUUCUUAUUAGAGAUAGAGAUAAAGAUGAGGAACCAUCUGUUGAAGAAGAAGAAUAUAUUAUGCAGUUAUUUGAGUUAGUUAACCAGAAAAAUGCUUUGUUCCGAAGACAGGCAGAAUUAAUGUACAUAAAACGUUCACAAAGACUUGAAGAACAGCAACAGGAAGUUGAUGCAAAAAUUCGCCAGUUACAGGCCAAACCUGAAUCUGAAAGAACUGAGGAGGAUAAGUCUAGAGAAGAAGAACUAAUGAUGGAACUUAUAGAUAUUGUAGAUCAGCGUAAUUCAAUCAUUGAUAGCAUAGAAAUGGAUCGAAGAAGGGAACUAGAAGAAGAUGUCAGUGUACAAGAGCAGUUGGAAAUCAAACAGGGUGCCUUACCAAUUACAGCAGAAAUAAAAGAAAAAAGCAGUGGAAAAUCAAAGAAGUCCAAAAACAAAAAAGACAAAAAGAAACAAGAAGCAGGAAAUGGAUCAGGAAACAAUACUCUAAAGAAAAAGAAAUGGUUAUAAUUUACUGAUGUUUAUUGAUGUACAUAUAGUAAAUAUCAUAUGUAUUUUUUAAAUUUAAAUUUAUCCAUAGUAAGCAACGUAUUGAAAAAUCUUCAGAGCAUUUUACUUUGAGGCAUCUGAAUAUAUUUUUUUGCUUUUGUAGAAUAUUACGUUUUUCAGAGUGUAUUUUUAUUUCUGAUUUUUUAAAUAUGAAAAAAUACUAGUCAGAAUUGUUUUAGAUUAAUAUAUUGGAUUAACUUGUUGAAUAGAUGUUACUUAAUCACUCCAUCUAGGCUCACUUUAAAAUUAUUGUAAAUUUAUUAUCAUUAUUAUUUCAUUCUGUCAUCAUUACACAUACCUAUACUUACAUUGAUACUUUAUGAAUGAUAAAAUUGUUAUUUAAUUCAUAUUUGCUUUGUUCCUAUAGAACAGAGUAAAAGGACUUUCUUAAAAACAUUUUGCCGUGAAAAAAAAUUGAGUUUGAAGAAAUGUAAUUUUCAUCCUCUGCCAUUUUGCAAUAAAAGCAGUUAAAAAAUUGCACAUAUAUGAAUAUCCUAAAAGCUUUGAAAUUACAAUUUUAAUUUUUCUAAAUUAUUUGGUGUUCAUAAGUUAACUUAUUUUUGUUAAAAUUUUAAUUUCAAAGUUUUUACUGUUUUAAAUGUAUUUUUAAAUUUCUUAAAAUAUUUUAGAAAAUAUUCCUUUUUAAAAAGCUCUUUUUUUAAUAGUAGUUUAACAUUCUAAAUCUACGAUAAACAAAAUUCAUUAAGCUAUUUAAUAGAAAUAUACAAUAGGACAAAUGCUUUCUUUUUAAUACUAAAUUUCUGCAUUUUAUAUAUUUUUAUACUUUCAAAAUAUUCCUUCAUUGUUGGAUGCAGGCUGUCCUGCAUAGCUGUGUAAAGCAACAAUAAAGGCAUAGUGUUUUUAAUCAGGUAUAGUAAAAAUAUACAAUUCAAUUAGCAGGUAUUAAAAAAUCGACAGUUUAAAGCAGAAAUAAGUUUAUUUUUUUAAAUUAGGCAUCAAAGUGCAAAGGAUGUUUUGUUUGAUCUUUAGAGAAAACUUAUCAGUAUUAUUUAGUAUUUGAAAGAAUAAUUUUAUUAUAAAAAUCAUAUAAGAUUUAUAAUAAUAAUUUGUUCUAAUUAUUUUACUAUACUGACAUAAAUAUUAAAGGAUUUCAGAUUCUUUCAGAACUUCUAUUAAGUGAAUAUAAUUUUAAACAAUAAAUCAAACUCACUAUAAUAAAUUUUAAAAAAUACAACCAAAGACUAUUUAAAUGUAUCCUUAGUCUUCAAUAUUUUUUACCAAACAUCUGAGGAAGUUAUAUAGACAUAUUUUUAAUUUCAAUUUAAUUUCUAGCUCUCGUUAAUCAAAAAUACUUUAACUAAUGUCCUAUCAUAAACUGGUGGUUUAACUGCCUGUCCAGUUGUUCUUUUACAUUUAUAAUGCUAUCCAUAAUUUUUUUAUCUGCCAUAUUAUUUUUAUAUAUGGAACUGUAAAAAUCUGUUUGAUUUUUAAACUAGAUUCAUUUACUGUAAAUUAUGAUACCAAAAUAUAUUUUUAAAAAAUUAAGUUUUCUCUAGAAUUAGGGUUUAAUUAUUACAUUAAAACUGUUGUAUGAUGAUUUUUAGGUAUAUUGGCAAAAGUAUUAUGCUGUAUAUUUAAAAUUAAAGAAUAUUUUUUUAAUUAACAAAUAAUUUUGUUGUAUUAUCUUAAAUAUUUUUGCACAAUGCAGUCGGGAUAAUUCUACUUAAAUAAGUUGUUAUAUCUAUAAGGCAGAAAUCAUAUUUGUGCCAGAACUCUUAUGUGUUUCAUAGAUGUUUAUAUGAGUUUCAUGGGGGUAAGGGGUAAAUAGAUAUUUUAUGCUUAUAAUUUAUAAUAGUUUCCUCCCCCCAACAUUAUUUGAUGUAAAAUAAUUUUCAUUUAGAAAGCAUAUUUACCCUCAUAUUAUUCUUUUUUAUAAAUAAAUUUUAGUUCUUUUUCCUGAAUUUUCAGAAUAUUCUUUAUAAAUAAUUUUAUGAUGAAUUAACUUUAUCCACCAAUCAUUUAAAUUUUUAUUGCAUCUGUCACUUUUAAAGAAAAGCAUGAUUAGUAUUAAAACUGCUCCUUUCUCCUCCUUUCCCAGAUAAAAAAGCUAUUAAAAAAAUUGCUUGUGUUCACCUAAAUUUAAUAAUAAUUUCACUCAAAAUUUAGUAGUUAUUUCUUCUUAGUGGAUGAUCAUCAUGGUCUAGCAAUAAAACUAGUAUUCAUAAAUGAAAUUUUAAUCAUGUUUAUACUAUUACUUAUUGCAUUAAUUGUUAUUAAUAAAAAUAAAUUUUCUUUCUCCAUAAGCAUUCCACUGUUGUAGUAACUUCUGAAAUUUAAUUUUUGAUUUCAUUAUAUGUAUGCACAGUAAACUUACAGCAAAUGAUGUAGCUCUUUACAUUAUAAAAUUAUGUACAGUAAAGAAUUCAUUUUAAUUUUAUUCUUUAACAAAAUUAAUACAUAAUUAUAAUUGCCAAUAUUAGCAUAUUAAAACUCAGAAUAAAGAAUAUUGUUUUACUUUUAUGCAGUUUUGCAUAAUCUGUUCAUUGAGUAAGGAUUAUCUGCCAUAUUUAAAACACAUUUAUCUUCCACAUGAUUCCUGUCUUCCUUUUCUUUUUUUAACAUGCUACAUACAUGUUGUUAACUUUCUUAUACAGUAGCAUUUUCAAUAUUUUAAUUUUUCUCUUGAAAACACGAAUAAUUAACUAGAUUAAACAAUAGGUCUGUUAUGCCUGCAGAAUAAUUUAAAUAUCUUACUUAAUGCAUAAAGGAAAGUUACCACUAUAUUUAAUUAAUAGUAAGCAAUAAAUUGUCUAAAAAUAUAUUGCUUUAAAUGCAUAGCCUUUAUGGCAGCCUUAUUAUUGUUACAGCUAGUCAAAAUGAUCUUUAAAACUGCAGAGUUUUAUAUUUUUAAAGCUAUACUUGUACUUUAUAUUAAAGAAACUAAUAUUCUCCGUAAGAAUAAAUUGAUAAUGAUGCUACAACAUAAAUGUACAAACAAUUGCACAAAAGUAUUAAGUUCUUUUGAAUUUUUGCUUGACUGCUAUUUUUUGAUAAAAAAGUAUUAUGAAAAAAGUUUCGAAAUAUGGAUACAUUUUUCAGUAAAAUGUAGAAUCAUUUGUGCUGUGGUUUUUCAUUCUGUUGAUUGUGAAUUUUUAUAGUUAUGUACACAUUUCACAUUGAAAUAAAAGUGAGAUAUUUUUAUGA